ACAUACAGAUUAUAUUUAUCGUAUUAUAUAACUUUUAUAUGAAAACAUAAAAAUAUGUAUAAAAAUAUUGCGUAAUUAAAGAAGACGCGCCAAAAUUUGAAUUGUUACGCUAUUCAAGUAUUUAUGUAUUAUCGUUCGGCGCCAAAAGGAGCCAUGACGACAUAGAAGAACACGCAGCUUAUUAUCGUAGAAUAUUUUAAAGAGAUUCUUCGUAUGAAAGAAGACACAGAGGUAGAAAUUCGUUUUAUUACUAUUAAAAUAGUAAGCGUUUAUAUUUUAUAAACGUAAAAACGUUAUUACUUUUCGCAUUGAUUUUUUUUAUCGAUCGUUCGUAAUAUACGAAAUAGAAAUCGUGUUAUCUAGUUUUCUUCAUUGUUGAAUACCGUUAAACUAGGUAACGUUUGGAAAAAAACGAGAAUGACCUUGGUAAGGUGACACGAGUUAUUACGAUCAAGUAAUAAAAGUAUCGGUGCUUAUAUUCUACGUCGCAACGAAACGAUCUCGCGUUUCAUGUAACUCGAUUUUGAGGUUAUGCCGUUGUUCUUUUGUUAUUUCAUUACGAUGGUAUCAAGUUUGGUACAGUGAUAUAACGUAAUUCUUCGUUUAUAUAUAAUCGUUCGAGUUAAGAAACAUUUAGUUAUUCUCGUCCAUGGGAUUUAUCGAUGAUGAAUUGCACGAAGUAUCAAAACUUUGUCACAAUGUUGUCGAUAGUAGCCGCAUCGUUUCUUGUGUGCAGACUAUGGUUCGCGUCGAAAUAACGAAGACAGUGUUCAAGAAGAUCGUCGUGUGCAUUCAAUUUCCAGAGAAUUAUCCGUCCGUUCCACUUUUAAUCGAGCUUAAAAGUAAGACUUUGUCGGAGAGAUUACUUGCUAGAUUAACAGACGUUUGUGAAAAGGAGUGCAAGAAUUUAUUAGGAAAAGCUCAGGUAUUACCGACCUUAAAGUUAAUUCGUAAUUUCAUCGAAGAGAAUCCUCUCAUUUGUUGUUACGAUGAGAUCUCAUCCAUAAAAAAAUUGCUUCAAGAGCAAGACGAGUUUAAAUUGAAACAGAAGAAUUCAAGUAUUACGUUAAGAAUUCAACAAGGAUUAUAUUAUUUUAAAGUUAAGAUCGAAGUACCAAACAAUUAUCCAGAUAGUUGCAUAAAUCUAGGAGACGCAGAGGCAAACUUUCCACCUGUACUCUCUCGUUACUUUUUGGGCCAAGGUAAAGAAUUAGGCAGAAGAUGCGUGGAACCACCAUUGCAGAAAGGAACUCAGCAAACAUCUUUUGCACCUUCUCCCUCUUUAGAAGUUGUCAUUUCCUUUCUUAUAAAAUCAGUAAAAACAUUGCCCAGAGAAAAUUGUCAAUUGUGCAAGAUACCUUGCUUGCCGGCGAAUCCAAAAGAAGUAGUGACAGACGAAAAAGCAAAUCUUCAUGUAGAAAGAUUAUAUUGCAGUCAUUUGUUUCACUUACAAUGCCUCCUAAAAUUCAUGAAGACACCCCCAUUCCAUGGGGGUAAAAAAUGUCCAACUUGCGGACAACGCAUUUAUCAUGACAAGUGGGGUGUCAGUGAGAAGCUCGCAGAGGAUCGUUGGGCACAUGAACAGGCGCGAGCUAGGGAAUUGGCAGAGGUAGCUGACUUUUUGGAAUGAAUCCUUUGCCGAUGUGCACAAACUUGUGUUUUAUCUCUGUCCAUGGUAUAGCUUAGGUGAACAUUAAUGAAAUCAAAAGCCAGAUAUCAUGAUGUAUCGUUACAUGGUGGUUAUGAUAUUAAUGAAGUUUUGCCACUGAACAA